AUGCCUGCAACGCGCUCCUCCUCUACGCACACCCGGUCUCAUUCUACGCGCACAUCACUCGGUUCGACGUCAGGAGUGCAGCUCGACACAGACUCCAAGGGCGCGAUCGCGGAUCUGCACGGGAGCGCCGCGCUCGACGAGCUCGCAAACGGGGACAUACUCGACUCUCGGGGCAAGAAGAAGAAGAGAGUGAAUGCCUUUAUCAGCUUCAAGGCGUCGUUGCGCGAUGGUCCACUCCGAAACGAGUACAAUGCGCGUCUGGCGCGAGGCGAGAACAUUGGUGUGAUUGCACAACAGCUCUGGAAGUCUCUCACGCCAAAGGAACGCGAUGCUUGGUACGACGCAGCCCGCAGAGAAAAGGAGGAGCACGCGAAAAAGUACCCGGAUUACAAGUACCAGCCGAGACAAAAGCCGCGCAAACGCCGCAUGAACAAGGGGACUAGAACCGAAGAAAUGACUGGAGAAGACCAGAGCGAGGGCGAGGGUGAGGGUGAACCAGAGGGCGAAGGCGAACCAGAGGGUGAACCAGAAAGCGAGGAAAUGGGCACUAGCGAGUCCCCCAGUAGUAUCCGCAGCGAUUUGGGCGAGACUGGAAUGCGUCGGACUGUCGAGAUUUACUUGGGGGGCACCGAGGACCUCGACUCGCUGUAUCAGAACGGGUGGAAGUGGGCACUCAUUAGGGAAUACAAUCCGUCUUUGGACGUACUCCCGGUCGUCGAAGAGCACGCCAGCGAUUCCCUUGCAAACAUUCCCCCCGAGGGGCCGACUGUCGACAUGGUCACUAUGGGUUCUGCCAUGGAGAAUACUACCGGAAGUUCGUCUACCCCUCCAAGCCUCAACGUUUGUUCGACUGCGGAUCCUUCCAUCUUUCAACAAUACCUUGGACCGUGGGACUCGUCUGCCCCCCAGUCUACUUUUUUUGAAGACACGCUAGUUUCGGACUCGGCACCUCCGUUCGACAACAGCAUGCUCAAGGUUCCUUCGCCCGGUAUGGAGACAUCCACGUAG